AUGAAAAAGAAGUUAGAUGAAGUAAAAUGGUUAUGGGCCGAGUAUCUCUACGAGAUAUUAUGGUCUUAUCACACCAUAGUUCACUCCACGACCAAAGAAACUCCAUUCAGAAUGGUAUAUGGGGCUAAUACCAUGAUCUCGAAAGAAAUAAACACUCUGUUAUGGAUAAGAGUAAGCUUUGAAGAUAGUAUAAAUAAUGAGCAUCUAUCAAGUGAAGCCGACCUGCUUGAUGAAAUCAUAAACACGACACAUGUCCAAGAGAUUGCAUCCAAACAAAGGAUAGCCCAGAGAUCAACAUGA